AUGGCGUGGUACGAGUCUGAAAUCAACGUUGAUUUGACCACAGCGUACUGUCUUGGACAGGUUUCUUUCGUGUUUCUCUCUGAAUCAGACAAUCGGAAUCGCCAUUCUCAGUCUGUCCGCCGUUCGCAUGUUCUGCACCAUCUCGAACCAGGAAAUCGAAUCCUACUCGGAAGACACUUUUUUCACGACGUGUUCCAAGGAUCCAAACUCGAUCGUUCUCUACCCAAUCAAGCAGUUUUCUGGAAUUCCAGAAUUCCCCAUGAUUUUGUUUUUCGUGCUCUAUUUGUCCAUCCAAGGGUCGCAGUAAGAGCGAAUGCACUAGUUCAAUGUAGGCAACCUUACACUUCGUCGAGUAAUGAAAUGGCGUAUAAGGACCGAACAUGUCUGCUGAUGGGCAUUUCAUCCUUGCUGAACCAGAUGAAUCCGAGCUAUUCGGAGCAGUUCUUUGAGUUUAUUCGGUCGUAUGUGGAGGCGGAAGCGGCGCGAGAUAUGGAGAAGAAGUAUUAUGAGCAUAUUACCCUGAUCCAGACGCUGAGAGAGGAGGGACUGCGCAUCAUGAAGAAGUUGAGACAUCGGAGUGCCAAUCUGAAUGAGUUGGAGCGUGCUUUGUUGUCAGUCGAUUAACCUGUUUGU